AUGCUUCUGGCGCGGAUGAACUCGCAGGUGCAGCCCGAGAACAGCGGGGCGGACCCGGGGCCCGCGCAGCCCCUGCGGGCGCGCAAAACCGCGGACCUGUUGGUGGUGAAAGAGCGCAAUGGUGUCCAGUGCCUCCUGGCGUCCCGCGGCGGCGACGAGCAGCCCCGGGAGACCUGGGGCAAGAAAAUCGACUUCCUGCUGUCGGUGGUCGGCUUCGCGGUAGACCUGGCCAACGUGUGGCGCUUCCCCUACCUCUGCUACAAGAACGGCGGCGGUGCCUUCCUGAUCCCGUACACCUUGUUCCUCAUCAUCGCUGGGAUGCCCCUGUUCUACAUGGAGCUGGCUCUGGGCCAGUACAACCGGGAGGGGGCAGCCACAGUGUGGAAGAUCUGCCCAUUCUUCAAAGGAGUCGGCUACGCUGUGAUCCUCAUCGCCCUCUACGUGGGCUUCUACUACAAUGUCAUCAUCGCCUGGUCGCUUUACUACCUCUUCUCCUCCUUCACCCUCUCCCUGCCCUGGACCGACUGUGGCCAUGCCUGGAACAGCCCCAACUGCACCGACCCCAAGCUCCUCAACAGCUCCGUGCUGGGCAACCACACCAAGUACUCCAAGUACAAGUUCACGCCGGCAGCGGAGUUUUACGAGCGUGGCGUCCUGCACCUUCACGAGAGCAGCGGGAUCCACGACAUUGGCCUGCCCCAGUGGCAGCUCUUGCUCUGUCUGAUGGUCGUCGUCAUCGUCCUGUUUUUCAGCCUCUGGAAAGGAGUGAAGACAUCAGGAAAGGUCGUGUGGAUCACUGCCACACUGCCUUACUUCGUGCUGUUUGUGCUCCUGGUCCAUGGCAUCACGCUGCCCGGCGCCUCCGACGGCAUCAACGCCUAUCUGCACAUCGACUUCUACCGCCUGAAAGAGGCCACGGUGUGGAUCGAUGCUGCAACUCAGAUAUUUUUUUCCUUGGGGGCUGGGUUUGGAGUCUUGAUUGCAUUUGCCAGUUACAACAAAUUUGACAACAACUGCUAUAGGGACGCCCUGCUCACCAGCACCAUCAACUGUGUCACCAGCUUCAUCUCUGGAUUUGCCAUCUUCUCCAUCCUCGGUUACAUGGCCCAUGAACACAAGGUCAACAUUGAGGAUGUUGCCACUGAAGGAGCUGGCCUAGUCUUCAUCCUGUACCCAGAAGCCAUUUCCACCCUGUCAGGAUCCACAUUCUGGGCUGUCGUGUUCUUCGUCAUGCUCCUCUCUCUGGGAAUUGACAGCUCAAUGGGAGGCAUGGAGGCAGUCAUCACGGGCCUGGCUGACGACUUCCAGGUCCUGAAGCGACACAGGAAACUCUUCACACUUGGUGUCACCUUUGGAACCUUCCUUCUGGCCCUGUUUUGCAUAACCAAGGGUGGAAUAUACGUGCUGACCCUGCUGGACACGUUCGCAGCGGGGACCUCCAUUCUAUUUGCUGUGCUCAUGGAAGCCAUCGGAGUCUCCUGGUUUUAUGGUGUGGACAGGUUCAGCAAUGACAUCCAGCAGAUGAUGGGGUUCAAGCCAGGCCUGUACUGGAGACUGUGCUGGAAGUUUGUCAGCCCUGCCUUCCUCUUGUUUGUGGUGGUGGUGAGCAUCAUCAACUUCAAGCCGCUCACCUACGAUGACUACAUCUUCCCGCUCUGGGCCAACUGGGUCGGGUGGGGCAUCGCCCUCUCCUCCAUGGUCCUGGUGCCCGCCUACAUCGUCUACAAGUUCAUCAGGACACGGGGCUCCCUUUGGGAGAGACUGGCCUAUGGCAUCGUGCCGGAGAAUGAGCAUCACCUGGUGGCCCAGAGGGACGUGAGGCAGUUCCAGAUGCGAAUGAGACAAAGGAGAAGGGAAACUGACAACUCUUGCCAAAUAUCCUGCUGA